UAUGCGUCCUUUAAUUUUCAUAUUACUUUUAGUGAUCCCAUGCUCAUUAGCCAUCAUUAAGCAGACGAUAGAGUGCUCCCGGGUGCAACGUAAUUCAACAUGCUUCAUCGAGGGCGUAUCGUUUCAUACUCCUACGGACGAGUACUUUGCCGCAUUCCCGACCGCAUCACACAUAAUUAUAGAAUCGAGUGAAAUUCUACACUUCUCGGGCCAGCUGUUCGAUGCGCUCGCUGAGACAGCCUUCCUAACGCUGAAGGGCUGCCUGAUACCGACGGUUACCUUUCGCUCGGAUGAAUUACACUGUCUUCGCAUCGACAACACUGGGCUACGGGAGUUUGCGGUAACACCGUUCGAAAAUCGGAACCUCAACACGCUCAUCAUCAACGGAAAUCCUUUGUCGGUCAUUCCGCCAACCGUGCGCUAUCUUACCGGGCUCUCCAUUCUGGACCUGUCGAACAAUCAGCUAGAACACGUCAAGCUUGACUGGUUUCGAACGAUGGAAAAUCUCUUGGUGCUCGAUCUUUCCGCGAACAGAAUCACACGUCUUGAUAUUGCUCCAUCAUUGCGAUUUGGACGGUUGAAAAACUUCUGGGUCAAUCACAAUCUUCUGAGUCAUGUAGCAUUUUUUCCCAACUUUGCACCAGCUUUGCGGCGUGUUCGGCUUGUGGAAAAUCGUUGGAGCUGCGAUUGGGUGGCCCAAGUUCGACAGUCUAUUUGGACUUCAGCCAUUGAAGUGUACGGUGCGGAGUAUGUGUGUGCGGACAAGUUAGACGGGGGACUUUGUUGCUAUGAGGGCGAUCCUUACAACAUCACAGCAAUCGACCCGAAGCAGGAAGAGAGGACAUAUUUCGAAAAGAGAAUAGAAGUCGAACAAUUUCCUCGCGCAGAACGUAUGCUAGCGAGGGAUGAAAAUCGAGAGGAAAGGCAACACAUGCUUCUAAAGCAAUCGUAUGACGUGUUAGAGCAAAAGUAUCGCCGUUUGGUCGAGCAGAAGGAGCAACUAGAGCAGCGUUUUGUUAACACGGUGCGUGAGCUAGAAAGGACUGUGAAAAGAUUAACGACAGAGUUGACGGAGGCGCAGGACAUGAUCCGUACACAAAACCUUAAAAUUGUGUUACAAUAG